AUGACAGGGCAAACGAAGGCUAAGCAGAUACGUAGUGUAGGCUUUUGGCGAGCGGUUUUAGCGGAAUAUGUCGCCACGCUUAUUUUCGUUUUUCUCGCAAUUGCAUCUGGUUUAAAUUCGCCCGGACCAGAUGCGACUAUAGUUCAGAUCGCUAUUGGUUCCGGACUGGCCAUCGCAACUAUGAUACAGUGUUUUGCCCACGUCAGCGGGGCUCACAUGAAUCCAGCCCUCACUAUUGCAUUAUUCUGCACGAGGAAAGUGAAUAUUCUUGUCACAGUGUUUUACAUCCCAGCACAGUGUAUCGGCGCGGUCACAGGUGCAGCUCUCAUCUACGCUUUCCUUCCAUCAACGGAUAGUCGUGGAACCCUUGGCGUUACAUCGCUCUCCACUGGUAUUCAUAUCUGGCAGGGUUUGUUCAUGGAAAUUAUCAUCACUUUUCAGAUGCUACUGACAUUUUUUGCCACCGUAGAUCCCCGACGCUCUGACCUAUUGGGAUCUGCCUCCCUAGCUGUUGGUCUGGCAGUAAUCGUCGGUGUCAUGGCAGGGAUAAGAACUACCGGUGCCAGCAUGAAUCCCUCCCGAUCCUUUGGACCGGCUGUGGUUAUGAACGAUUGGUCUGACCACUGG